AUGUGGGACUUUGUCAAGUUACUGCUAGGUGCUACGGGCGCCGGCUACACGGCCAAGCACGGCCCGUACCCGGCGAGAACCACCAAGAUCCGACAAAAGUAUACAAUUCAACCAACGACCCUACCAGCUCAGCUUGAAUCAAAUUUCGAGAUGUCCGACAUUGGCAUCGCUUCCCAGGAAGACAUGAAGAAGGCGCGGCUUCCACUGGGUUACCGCGAUUCUUGCGCAAAUUUCUUGAUCACCCUGAAUAAAUGUAGACACAAGGGUAACUUCAUGCCGUGGAAAUGUGGAGAUGAGCGGCAUGCAUAUGAACAUUGUCAAUAUAAAGAUUAUACGAAACGAAUGAAGCAGAUGCAACAACAAGUUCAAGCCGCCAAAGAUGAAGCGUCUUGA